UACAUAUAGAUUCUGGUCACCUCCAUUACCUAGCACCCCUACAUGAGAAACCCCUUUGCGCCUUCAUCUGUACAAACGCACACAUGGAAGAUGACGACUUCGGAGAUCUCUACACGGACGUGCUAACGACGACGUUUCAAGCCUCCCAGCCACAAAUUGAUGCGUCGGCAGCCGGAAUCAAAUCGACGUCGUUUCAGGGUCGCUCGAUCGAUCCGAGGAUCAAUAGUGACGAUGAAGAGAUUCUGCACGGAGCUCAAAAUUCUAGGAAUUCGAAUUCCCAAUCGGCCGAUGGUUUGAAUUUGAAUGUCGUAAUUGUAGAAAAACCCCUACCCGAACCGAGAGGGUUCAAUUUGAAUUUGGGUUCGAAUCAAGAGGGAAAGGGGAUUCCAGGUUUACCUGGGAACAAGGGUGGUGAGUUGAAGUUUGAAAGUAGGGUUUCGGAGACUUCUGCGGGCUCGAAUUUUGCGGUGGCGGAGGAUGAUAUUAAUAUCGUAGUGGAAGAGGGGGACAAUAAAGAUGAUGAUUUGGUCGAGAAAGAUGAGAACUUGAUGAACAGAAAUGCCAAUAAUUCAGUGGACGAGAAGAAAGGAAGUGUUAAUUUCGCCAGCGAAAGUGGAGUUGGAGAAAUUGGCUCGGAGUUGUUGAUCCCGGGAUUAUCAGGUGAACCGGAGAAUCGUGGGGGAGAAGAUUUUGAGGACGAGUGGGAGAGUGAAGAAAGUGAAGACGACUUGCAGAUAGUGUUGAAUGGGCCAAUGGGGAUCGAAAAAAUGGCGGGAAUGGAUGACAAUGACGAUGAAGAUGGGGAGCCACUGGUGAUUGUCGAGGAUAAUGGUGACACAGGCCACCACCACUCGCAGAUGACGGAGGAGCAAGUGUGGGAUGGUGAGGAUGUGGGGCCUGGGCCAGAGGGAGAAAGGAAGGAGUUGGGUGAGGCAGCCAAGGCAAGUGGAGGAGGUGCGGUGGCUUCGACAGUCGUGCAGUCUAAGAUUGGGAUCAGCAGUCAUGCUUACCAUCAUCCCUUCCAUUCACAAUUCAAGUACGUGAGACCUGGUGCAGCACCUAUGCCUGGAGCUGCUUCUGUGGGACCUGGUGGAAUCCCGGGUCAAGUUCGUCCAACUGUCCCCAUUGGCCCUAUUGCUGGACGUGGUAGAGGUGACUGGCGACCAGCAGGAAUAACAGGUGCUGUUCCCAUGCAGAAAGGGUUUCGUCCAGGUUAUGGAAUGCCCCUUUGGGGAGCUAAUGCAGCAGGGCGUGGUUUUGGAAGCGGAUUGGAUUUUACUCUACCAUCACACAAGUAUGUUAUUUAGGUGCAUAUGUCUGAG